AUGUUCAUCGGUGGCCUGAACUGGGAGACAACAGAGGAUUCCCUUAAAGGCUACUUCACACAAUUCGGUGAGGUGAGCGAAUGUACUGUUAUGCGCGAUUCGGCCACCGGCCGCUCUCGAGGCUUCGGCUUCCUCACUUUCAAAGAUCCCAAAUGUGUCAACACUGUCAUGGUCAAGGAGCAUUACCUCGACGGCAAGAUUAUCGACCCCAAGAGGGCUAUCCCUAGGGAGGAGCAGGAGCGAACCAGCAAGAUCUUCGUUGGUGGUGUCAGCCAGGAGGCAACUGAGGAGGACUUUACAAACUUCUUUAAGCAGUUCGGCCGCGUUGUCGAUGCCACGCUCAUGAUGGACAAAGAGACAGGUCGGCCGCGUGGUUUUGGUUUCGUUACCUUUGACGGCGAUGCAGCAGUAGAUGCAACACUGAAGCAACCCCUCCAGAUCCUUGGCAAGCCGAUCGAGGUCAAGCGUGCUCAGCCACGAGGCAACAUGCGAGAUGGCGAAGAUGACAAGAAGUUUGGUCGCAACAACAAGUUCGGCAACCGCGAUGGAGGUAACAACGGUAAUAGUGGCUACGAUAAUCAGAACCAGCAACAACAAGGUGGCACCGCCGGCAUGACACCCGCCAUGAUGGCUCAAUACUGGCAACGAAUGCAGCAGUACUUCCAGCAGAUGCAACAGCAGCUUGCUGCUGGCGGUGGCGGUAUGCCGAAUGCCAUGGGCAUGGGAGGCAUGAACCCGAUGCAGAUGCAGCAGAUGCAAAACAUGCAGCAGAUGAUGGGAGGAGGCAUGAACCGCGGUAACGGCAGCCCGAACCCACAGAACAUGGGUGGCGGUAUGAACCCGAUGCAAAUGCAGCAGAUGCAGCAGAUGCAACAGAUGCAGCAACAGCAAAUGAUGCAGCAAGGCGGCAGCUUCGGCGGCGGCAGCGAACAAGGUAUGAUGGGCGGUGGUCCUCGUCCAGCGUACACAGCUCAAGAACAACUAGCCUUCGAACAACAAAAAUACGAGCAACAGCAAGCCCGGCGCCAACAGCAGUCAGGUGGGUAUGGAGGUCAGGGAGGACCUACAAGUUGGGAAGGCAUGUACGACGAUGCCCCUCAGCCCUCCAUCCCAUCUGGCCCUGGUGGCGGCCGUGGUGGCUUCAAGCACCAAAACAACAACCGCCAACGUCAAGGCUCCUCACAGCCUCCGACUGGACCUAGCGCCGCUCCCAUCAACGCGCCCACGGGCCCCAAGAACGCCGGCAAGCCUGGUGCGAACUAUCGCGGCGGUGGAAGAACCAACAACUUCCGACACCAGCCCUACGGCGGCGGUCGCGGAUAG